AUGAAUGCUUCAUGCCAUGUUACUGCUGAUUCACAGAUGAUUUUAUCAUUUUUUAUAAUCGGAUUCUUUUUAGCAACUAUCGGUUGUAUACUGAAUAGUUGCUCCUGUAUACUUUUUAUUCGAACAAAAUCCCUUUUUAACACACCAUAUGCUAUAUUUAUAAUUGCAUUGUCAAUAGCUGAUAUUAUUAAAUUAAUAGCCGAAUAUUUUCUUCAUUUAUUAUUUGUUUAUAUUCAACAUCCGUAUUUUGUUUGUUCAAUAACAUGGUUUUUAACAAUGACAAGUGAGAAUGCAUCUUAUGCAUUUCUUUGUGCAUUAGGUGUUGAACGUAAUAUAAAAGUAUGGACAAUAGAUCGUCGUUGGUUAAUAACUCGACAACGUGCAUGUUGGAUAACAUUAUUUAUAGUUAUAAUUGUAAUUAUUUACAAUCAUCCAUUUCUUUUCUGGCCAUUUGAUGUUACGUUUUGUUAUUUUACAUUAUUUAAUUAUUCAAAUAUAUAUAUAUGUAAUAAUGCAUAUUAUCAUGCAUAUGGUUAUUUAUUUUCAGUAACAAAAUUUUUAUUUAUUGAAAAUCUUGGUUUAAAUAAUAUUAUUUUACCAUUAAUGAUUAUAUUUACAAAUAUUAUAUUAAUUAUUGGUUUAAAACGUCGUACACAUCAACGUCGAAAUCAUUUAGGUGCAAAUAAUACAGAUGAUUGGAGAGAACAUAGUGUUGUUAUUUAUAUGAUAUUAUCGAGUAUAGUUUUUGUUAUUCUAACAUGUCCUAUUGGAAUUUUAGGUGUUUGGGGAAUAAUUUCUGGUAAAACAAUACCAACAAAUAAUUUAGCUAUGAUUUUUGAUUUAAUGGAAAUAAUUCAUCAUUGUACACAUUUUCCAAUUUUAUUAAUGACAAGUUCAUUAUUACGUAAAAAAACUUUUCAACUUCAUUUACAACGUAAAAAAUCAGUGUCUAUUAAAUUAUCACGUUUAAAUGAACAAACAUUUAAUCACCGACAAACUUUUGUACUACCAUCUCGUCCACGUUCAACUCCUUUUACAACUGAUGAUACAUAA